UGAUAGUAACUGUUUGUGAAAGCUAAAAAAAAGUGUGUAGGCUAAGUGCUCAAUAGUCCUUAUGAUGCAUUUUUGUAUUAGGCUACACGAAAACGCUGCAUCAUGCACACGGACGAUGUCAUUUACAGAAAACACCUCAGGAAUCAACAGACGCCACGUGGGGCUGGAGCAGUUAGUAACACUGGCAGCAACUGCACACACUUUCCUGGGCCCACAUAAAAGGUACAAAUUUAUCCAAGAUGACACCAGUGGGGACUCAGUCAUGGUAUGCUCUAGUUACCGACUCUUGGAGAAUUUGGACCUGACAUGCUCGGUUGGGCAGCUGCUCAGUGAGACCGUCCUGGCACAGCAGAAGGCGUUCCACUCGGGGGCGGAGCCUCUGCUUUUCCUGGUCGGCGCGUGGAGCAGGGCUGCGCUGGAGUGCCUUCACCAAGGCAUCCCAGUUCGCCACAUCCUCUCCGCCAUGACUGAGGGCUUGGAGGCUUGUUUGCAGGUCUGCAGAGCCAGAGCUGUCCCGGUGGAAGAUCUCCCUCGUUUGGGAGUUGCACAGAAGUGGAGCGCACUGAAACCCCAUCCUGAGGAUCUUCCUUUCAACGGUCACCCAUUUAUUGAAAGCUGUCCGGUGUCUGAGCAUCAUCCCAAUGUUAUGCCUUUAGCACAGUCCACUUGUCAGGGCAAGUCAAAGGUUCUAUGUAAACAGACUGGGACACAAGGAGUAAUGAAAGCUACAAGAAGCAAAAUAAAACUGACACACAGCAGACAUUUCACUUCAAAUGAAACCACUGAAUCUGAAGGACCCCCCACACAAAGGCCAGCGUCUCAGCUGAACAUUUCAGAAAACACAGAUCUCGAUAGCCUUGCUUUUGCCUUGUCCCACGGUUGCAACAAAGCCAUGGAUUUAGUCCUGCAAGCAAGCAGGAUUCAGUCAAGCAUGAAUGGACGAUCACACAGGACAUUUGAUGUCAGUAAGUUGGUCACAUGUCCACUACCAGGCCUGCCAGAGGACCAUGCCUGUGUUAUAUCUGGUUAUGUGGUCCUAAUGUCUGCUGAGCAGGCUUCCAUUGUCAGUCAUUUAAAAAAACAGAGGGUGCGCAUUGUGCUUCUGAAUGGAGACCUGAGUGAUAAAUAUCGCCACCUGGGUUUCAAUAACCCGGCAGGGAUCAGGCAUGUAACCGAUAAACAGGAAGUACACGGAGUAAGUGGAGAGCAUAAGUGGGUGAAUAAUGCUUUAGCCACGCUUCUGAAAUACGACGUCAGUGUUGUCCUGGUUAACGGAGUAGCCUCUGAGCAUCUAACAGACCACUGCUGGAGGCAUGACGUCCUGGUGAUCGAGCGGGUCAAACCGGCCGUGCUGAGUGACUUCGCCCGGGCGACCGGCGCCGUCCCAGUCUCCUACAUCACCCAGGUGAACGAGCGGUGCGUCGGCGCCGGCGUGCGUCUGCAGGCGUGGAGGGAGUACCGGCAGAGCGGCCGUCGGACAGAGUCCUCGUCCAGCACGGCCGUGAGCGUCACGGCUGAGCACACCGCCCUGGUGACGGCCGUGAUCACCAGCUCGGUGCACGGGAAGCUGCAGUCUCUGGAGGACCAGUUCUGGGGCUGUGCCCACCGCCUGCACCAGGCGCUGAAGGACGGAAGGGUCCUCCCUGGAGGGGGCCUGGUGGAGUUGCACUGCAUCCAUGAACUUCAGAAACGCAUCGAUAACACUAGGAACGAGACCAAAGAUGAAUGGCAAGGAAAGCCUUAUGUAGGGAGGGUACUUCAGCUGAUGAUUGAUGGCUUGGUCGACUAUGUCUCCACUCUUCUUUGUAAUGGUACACAGGUUUCAUCUAAAGUAGAUGCUUGGACACAAAUCAGUAAACAAUUAAAAGACUUAAAGGGAGAUUCAAGUCCUCAUGUGAAUAUAUUGGGAUUGAAUUUGAAUGAUGGGGCAUGUUCAGACAGCAUUUGUAAGACAGAGAGUGUGCAUGAUAAUGUGACUGUAAAGAUAGAAGCCUGGAGAAGAGCUCUUGAUCUGGUGUUCCUUGUGCUUCAAACAGACUCUGAAAUAAUCACUGGCUUUGAUGCUAAAGAAGACUUUCAAUCACAUAGUUUUAUGGUCCUUUGAAUAAUAUAUGUAAUUUAUUAUUUUGUGUAUGUGAAGAAUUUGUAGAUUUGUUACUUUUAUAUUUGAUAUUCUUCACCCCUGAAGAAUUUUGUAGAUUUGCUACUUUUAUAAUUGUUCACCCCUGAAGAAUUUUGUAACUGCUAUUUUGAUUAGGCCUAUAUGAUGUCAAGAGAUGUAAUAAUGAUAAAUAAAAAU